GGGAAAAUCCACUUCGGUUUUUGCGUGGAGCUCCAAAAAUCAGUGCAAUGUGUUUGCAUGUUGCUGUCGGCGAAGCGGAGCGGGGAUGUGGAGCUGGAGGUGGGAAGGUAGCAUGAGGCGACGACGGCUUGCAGGAGCUGACGCUCUGGAACUCUUAAUGUUUUACUCUAUUUACAGCCUGUCUGAUUUCUAGCUGUCCGACUGACACGUAUCGACACGACAGAAAAAAAAGAAGAUCUGGGUUUUGUGGUCUCAAAGUUGGAUAUCCCUAUAAAAUGCAUAUAAAGACAGCUAACUGUCAGCUGUAGACAAGCGAAUCGAGGCUAACUGUUUAUAUUUGCUAGCAUCACUAAUAGCCAAGCACCAAUCAGCGAGAAGAUUGCUGCCCUUUGCCCUCCACUCCUCCACUACCCCUCUUCCUCUCUCUCCCUCCCCCUCGUACUGUGGGCCAUGUCUGCCAGUGGGGGGUUGAUGGAGGGAAACCAAGCUCGAGAGGAUGAUGAUGCUCGGGACAGCUGCUUUGCUGAUGAAGACUCGUCGCCUGUGGUGGAGCGUAGAAACCGUAGUGGCAUCAUCAGCACACCGCUCAGCAAGAGCCUUAAACACUCCCGGGCCCUGUCUCAGUACAUCGCCACAUGCUCUGCUGCCGCUGCAGUUGCUACUGCUAAUGCUAACAGACUUGCCCAGAGCUCCUUAGUACCAACAGGGAUUAAGUCUCACUCAGUAGACGCCCACAGAGCACAGGCGGGACUCAACAAACUGGAUCGAGGUGCUUUGGUUUCUAGCCUACUGGACUCUCCGAGCGGCCUACAUCUGGCCCAAGCAGCCGAGUUGUUACGAAGGGCCAGUAUGCUACUUCCUGUCUCUGACUCCUCCAGCCUAGGCGUAGGCGGGGACAUGGAAGCAGUGUCCGCCUCAGAUUCACUAGGGAGUGUGACAGACUUUUCGUUGUUGGGCAACGGCGCAGGGGUUGGGGGAGCCUUCCCGUUCCACCCUGGCCUCUUCAUCAUGACGCCCGCUGGAGUGUUCCUGGCCGACGGAGCACUGUCACAGGUGACAGCUGCUUCGGAGCAGCAACAAGCACAAAACGAGAUGGCGGCUGCCGCCAGUGCCAACUCCAAGAAAAAGCGCAAACGGUGCGGCCUGUGCCCGCCCUGCCGGCGCAGGAUCAACUGCGAGCAGUGUAGUAGCUGCCGUAACCGCAAGACUGGCCACCAGAUUUGCAAGUUCAGGAAAUGUGAGGAGCUAAAGAAGAAACCAGCUGGAGGUCUGGAGAAGGUGAUGCUGCCCACCGGCGCUCCUUUCCGCUGGUUCCAGUAGGACAACAGACAUCCGGACUCCCCGGCGAGCUCAAAUUAACAAACUGCCAAUCAAGCGCAACACCAACGCCCGUUCGGACUGCUGCUGGCUCAUAAACACUGGCCACAAAUAACAGAACAAAUAAACAAACGGCCUUUCCAGAUCAGGAGAGGAAAAAGAAGGCACUAUACGAGGACGAAGCAAGUUCUUCUGAACCAAAAAUAAACUGCUAUGACAACGUGUCAUUGUUUUGUUUAAUUUUUUGUUAAUUUAGUUUGUUUGUUGUUCUCUAUGUUCCGUUCCGGAACCGGUUGACUUCUUAUCGUAGAGUCUUGUCCUUUGUCGGACACAUUGGGAACUCUGCAGCGUCAAACAGAAGAUGUACAAUCAUUUUAUUUUUCUGUGUUUUUGUGUUUUGUCCAUGUGUGGAGGAAUGCUGUAUUUGCUUUAGAGAAUGUAAACUCCAGACUCUGUAUUAAAGCUAGUUAUUAAUCCAGAGCACUAUUGUACAGUUAGCACCGAUGUUCUUACUGACUGCUUCAGUAUAUUUGGAUCUGGCUUUUUUAUGUUCAUUUUUUUUCUGGGGAUCGGGGAGGGGGGUCGGGAUAGUUUGUCAUAAAACUGGUUUUCAGAUUGCUGUUUGAUAUCAGAUCAUGAAACGACAAAGAAAUCGUUCAGUAUAAUGUAGCAUCCCUUUUGACAGACAUACAGAAAUAUCAUCUACUGUUAUAUUUUGUAUUGUGAAACAGAAUUAUUCAUUCAAAGAUGGCCAAGAGGAGUCAAAGAGAAAAGGAGUUUGAACACCAGCUAGUGGCAUUUACAGAUCGUAUGGUUUUUUCCCUAUCAUAUUUGCCUUUUGGAUCCAAUUUGGUCAAGUGGUAAUCAGCUGCACCCCUUUUCCAUAAACAACCAACAAUUUUAUUAAUGAUCUGCCCAAAUACUUCUAAAUUAAGAGCCAAAACAGUUGUAGGAGAUUACUAACAGCUUGUUUGGGUUUAAAAACUGAGUAAAUCAUGUCUACUGCUAUAGUGCUAUAGUGAUUUGGCUCAAUAAGGCUUUUCAAUGGUACAACAAUAAGGCAUUUACCCUGUCAUUGUGAUUUUAAGAACAUGAUUUAAAGCCCAGGAGAUUAAAAUGCAUAACUGUUCCAUCUUCAGGGGAAAAGGUGUGGCAUUGCUGUUUUAAAGCAACACUUGUCAAUCUCAGGUGUCUUUAAGGUAAUGUGUAUGGAAGUGGAAGUCAGUGCCCUCAUUUAAUGAUCUGCUCAAUUGUGUCAAAUAAACUGUAGUUCAUAAAGA